AUGGCGACGAGGAGCAAAGCAGAGGCAGAGGGUGAGGGUGAUGGUGGGAAGAGUAACAACAACAUCGUAUGGAACGAAGCUUUGCAGAGGUUCGAGACGGAGGACAAGGAGGCGUUUUUGGAGUACGUGUUAAGAGAGAAGGGGAAGGUCAUGGAUUUGGUCCACACCUUUGUGCCCCCUUCCAAGAGAGGUCUAGGCUUGGCCUCCCACCUCUGUGUCGCUGCCUUUCACCAUGCUCAAUCCCACUCCUUAUUCGUCAUCCCCACCUGCUCCUAUGUCUCUGACACAUUUCUUCCUCGGAACCCAUCUUGGGAUUCUGUUGUGUACUCAAAAGGAGGCAAAUCCAGUAUCUGA